AUGAAUAUAAAUAUUUACAACCAACAAUAUAAAAGUAAAGAAUCAAUUACUUACGUUCACAACGAAACAUUUUAUCGAAAAAAACAAAAAAGAAUUCUGAGCAACGAGAUUUUCUAUCAAAGGAAAGAUUUAAAUGUGCCCUAUGAAAAAAAGUUGUACAUGUUUCGUACUGAUUUCGUACAGGGUAAAAAGUUGAAAAAAGAUAAGUUGAGACGGGAUGCCAUUUUACCCAUUGAAUUUAGUGUUCCUGUUUUACCAUCAUCUGAUAUUUUGGUAGAUCCUGAAAGAAUGUGUCAAAUCAGGAUUGGUCAAUUACAAGAGGCCCUUACCGAUUCCUAA